AUGGUAAAUUCUACCUUACUUCUAUGCUACACAAUUGCAUCGCAGUACUAUCGUCUUGUUAUUCAUCAUCCUCAAUCUCCAUCGUCGAUAUCGCUUCUGGAUCUGAUUCUUCCUCUAAAAAUCAUCCCCACACACACGAACACGAUAAGUAUGAACAUGAACAUGGGUUCAACAACAGCUCAGCAGAAGAAAACCCUACACUCGAUGCUAGCAAGCAAGCUCAAUAACCUCACAAUUCCGCCAUCAUCAACUGAUCAAGAUUUCGAUUUUGCCGAUGUAUUUGGCCCUAAUUCAUCAUCUUCAACUAAUCCUAAUCCUAACCCUAACCUCUUCAUAGGGGAUCCCCAAAUUAUCCACAAUCGAUCCCACUCCUUCAUUGGCCCUUCCCCUCGUUACACCCUCUCCAAAUCCCUUGCUUUUCACCAUGAGUUUGAUCUCGAGAGCUCCGGAGAAGACGAAGAUCUAAUCAAAGUCGAGAAAGAGGAGGAAUAUGAAGUUGAAGGGAAGGGUAGACUGGAUUACAAGAUCGUGCCUGGGGAUUUUGAAAUAAUGAGGGUUAUCGGUAAAGGGUCUUUUGGCAAGGUAUUUCAGGUGAGAAGGAAGGAUAGGAGCGUGAUUAAUGGUGAGGGCGAGGCUGUGAUUGGGGAUGGGAUAUUCGCCAUGAAAGUUAUGCGGAAGGACACAAUCAUAAAAAAUAACCAUGUCGAUUAUAUGAAGGCUGAAAGGGAUAUACUAACUAAAGUAGUUCAUCCUUUCAUUGUUCAGCUUCGUUAUUCUUUUCAGACAAAAACGAAGCUGUAUUUGAUCCUGGAUUUUAUAAACGGAGGCCAUCUUUUCUUUCAUUUAUACCGACAAGGAAUCUUCCGUGAGGAUCAAGCAAGGGUGUAUACUGCUGAGAUAGUAUCUGCUGUUUCACAUCUUCACCAGAAUGGAAUCGUGCACCGAGAUCUUAAACCUGAAAACAUACUCAUGGAUGCUGAUGGCCAUGUUAUGCUGACCGAUUUUGGUCUGGCAAAGGAGAUUGACGAAUCAAGCAGAUCAAACUCAAUGUGUGGGACCACAGAAUACAUGGCUCCUGAAAUAUUACUUUCUAAAGGCCAUAAUAAAAAUGCAGAUUGGUGGAGUGUUGGAAUACUCUUGUAUGAAAUGCUAACUGGGAAGCCACCAUUUACUCAUUCAAACAGAAAGAAACUUCAGGAGAAGAUCAUCAAUGAAAAAGUGAAGCUCUUACCACGAUUAAGUGGUGAAGCUCACUCUUUGCUCAAAGGAUUGUUGCAAAAGGAUCCUUUAAUGAGAUUGGGAAGUGGAGCGAGAGGUGGUGAUGAUAUUAAAAGCCAUAAAUGGUUUCGAACAGUAAACUGGAAGAAAUUGGAGUCGAGAGAGUUGCAACCAAAGUUCAAGCCAGAUAUCAGUGGAGAAGAUUGCACUGAAAAUUUUGACAAAUGUUGGACAGGAAUGCCCCUCGAUGACUCACCAGCUCCUACACCAACAGCGGGUGAACAUUUCCAUGGUUACACCUACGUGGCACCUAACCCUUGGCUUUCAGUUUCAUCUCCUCCUAACCAACCAACCCCUCAAGAUAUGUAAAUUUGUCGAUUUGCCCCCUUCUCAUUAUGAAAAUGAAGAAACAAGUGUCAUGUAUUCGUUUCAUCAUGUGGAUUGAUGCCAAAAUGGAAUCUUUUAUCUUUAGACUUAUCUUUUAAUCAAAGUUGUCCCAC